AUGACCCCCGACCUGAGCAACCGACCAGACCCUGACCUAACUCCUCGACCUGACUCCCCGACCAGACCCCCCGACCAGACCUCCCGACCAGACCCCCCGACCAGACCCCCCGACCAGACUCUCCCGACCAGACCUCCCGACCAGACCUCCCGACCAGACCUCCCGACCAGACCCCCCGACCAGACCCCCCGACCAGACUCUCCCGACCAGACCUCCCGACCAGACCCCCCGACCAGACCUCCCGACCAGACCCCCCGACCAGACCCCCCGACCAGACUCUCCCGACCAGACCUCCCGACCAGACCCCCCGACCAGACCUCCCGACCAGACCCCCCGACCAGACCCCCCGACCAGACUCUCCCGACCAGACCUCCCGACCAGAUCCCUCGACCUGACCAUCCGAUCAGACCCCCACGACCAGACUCCCAUCAUCCUCAAGCUUCAUCCGACCGAGCCUUCCCUACCCCUCUGGGUAUUCCUCACCCAGGAAGGACUGAGGUCAGUAGCCCAUUAGCAACUGGGCUGUAA